CUGAAAACAGCUGAGCAGAUUUUUUUUCAUGUUUCUUUGAUGUUCAGAAGAACAGCACUUAUCUGAAAUAGAAAUCUUUUGUAUCAUUAUAAAUCUCUUCAUUAUCACUGAUCUUUUGUUCUUUCAUAUAUCAAUAAAUCCCGGAAAAAUGUACUUAACUGUUUUAACUAUUGAUAAUAAUAAUAAAAAGGUUUCUUGGGCAGCAAAUUAGCAUAUUAGAAUGAUUUCUGAAGGAUCAUAUGACACUGAAGACUGAGUAAUGAUGCUGAAAAUUUAGAUAUGAUCACAGAAAUAAAUUACAUAAAAUAUAUUAAAAAAAUAUUUAAAAAUUUUACUGUUUUUGCUGUUUUUGGAUCAAAUAAAUGCAGGGUUGGUGAGCAGAAGAGAUUUCUUUAAAAACAUGAAAAAUCUUACUGUUGAAAAACUUUUGACUGGUAAUGUAUACAUUCAAGACUCUUUUACACUGUCAGAGGAAACAGCAGGUUAUUAAAACUUAACUAAAACUGACAAAUAAAGUUGAUAUUUGUCAUCACUGUACUAAAGCCAAAAUCAAUAAUUAGUAAUCACUGGUUAAUUAGCAAACAUUUUCUCUUGGGGUCCAUGAACCACAUUUUGAAAACUGCUGAUUGAAUUUUUCCAGAUAAUUUUUUGCUACUAAUGUUUUUUUAGAGGUGCUUUACAGCAGAACUGGUCUUUGUUUGCAUCUUUGAACUAUUGCUUUCCUGCUUAUCCCUGUAAAGCUGCUUUGAGACAAUCUGAAUUGUAAAAGCACUAUAAAUAAAGGUGACGUAACAGAUGCUUUUAUCCAAAGCGAGGAACAUUGCAAGUAAUUGAUCGUAAGAGCCAACAAUAUAUCCAGUAAACAACCCCACCUUUCAAGCUAGAGCAAAAAUGAAAUGUAGAAAAAAUAAAAAUAAAAAAAUGAGUAAGUGCUUACAUUUCCUGUGGAUCACUUGUAUAUGAUCAUUAAAUUUUUAAGUACUUAGAUGAUACUAAAGACAAAAACUCGAACAAUCACAAUUAUCUUUGAGAAAGCCACAUAUGAGAAACUCCCACGCCUACCAUUUCCAUGUGGGUGGUGAAUGCGGUCAGACAGCUUAUCACUAUCAUGUUCAGUUUGAAGCAUUUCACUGUCUCACUGAACUUCCUGUUUGAUGAAUGGCAUUGACCCAACACAGGAACUAACACCUCCAACUCAAACAAACAAGAUAAGUGUAAUCAUUUAUUUUUGUCAUUAAAAUUAAAAAUUAAAAUUCUACCUUUUAAUUCAAAUUAUAAUUCUACGGUUAGAAAAAAGCAAAACGUAAUAAUAUUAAGUAAAAUUAAAAGAUAAUAUUAAAAAAGUUGAUGAAACAAACAAGCAACAAAACAAAAAGUUUUUCCCCCACAUUGUUUCUGUGUGCCAUUAUCCUUAAUGUGUACCAUUAUACUGAAACACAGGAAGUGCUGAUUACACAAACUAGGAUGUAAAUCUACCUGUUCCCCUCUAUCAGAAGCGACCGUGCGACUUAACCACAUGCAGUACUUGUCACAAAGUGCCUGUUUUUGUUUAGUUUUCAUUUGGUUGCAGUAUGGCCUGUUUUCCUUUUGUCCUUAGUUUCCCGCUCCUUGUUUGUUGCUAUGGUUUCUAAUUAACGAGUUGUCACCUGUUCCUCAUUUGAGUUAAUUAUUUAAGUAUUUAAGUUUCUCCUUUUCAUUCAGUUGCCGUCUGGUAUUGUCUUUAAUGUUGUUACAUUUGUCUUCUUGCGUGUGGAUUAUUCUGAGUUUGGUUUAUUAAAGACCCUUUUGUUUUUGAAUACCUGUUUGGACUAUUUUCAUCAUCCUCUUCUGAACUGGCUUGUGACAGAAUACCAGACCCCAAAAGUAUGGCUCCAUAAAUGCCUCCAUAAAUGCUACCAUUUUUAUUUUUCAACAUGGCAGAGACAUGGAGGAGUAUGUGAAGGAGUUUUUGAGCAUCUGCUAUCGUGCCACUUGCAGUGACAUCACGCUCAUGGAGGGAUUCUGGGUUGGACUUGAUGAUGAGAGCCGGAUGGUGAUGCCAAGAGGAAACUCCUGCUGGAGUUUCACUCCAACCUCACUUACUAUCUAUCACAACCCCAGAGCCAGACCCAGCGCCCACACCUGCUGUGGAGAUGGAGCCAGAGCCCACCGCAGACCAAGAGACCCAUCUUAAGCCCGCUACGGAGUCUGAGACAGCAGCCUCGUCCAUUGUGGAAGAGGAGUCUGAGGUCUUAGCUGACCAGAGCCAGCCAUUCCUUCGACCCUCAGCCCUACAGUUCAUCCAGAGGCUCCACCUUGGGACUUCGUCACCAGCUCUGGCGUGGUAUGGGGAUUCCCUGGCUCUGCCUCGUCCCUCUGAGACCUCAGCUCCACCUCAGACCAUCUACCAAUCUGCUCCGCCCUGGCUUCUUGCACCCAUGGCUCCGCCCGAAACCGUCAUCCCUUCGGCUCCUCCAAGCUCUCUCGUCCCACUGGCUCCACCUGGGUCAGUCGUUCCCACACCAUCACCACGGACUUCCGGGCUGUCUGCUGCACUCUAGCCCUCCACCCCUACGGCUCUAUUCGGCUUCUCCAUCCCUCAGGCUUCACCGGGGUACUCGCUCACACCUGUGUCACCUCGGUGACCUUGGUCCACUGGCCUCCAGGCUCCUCCUUGCCAUAACUCCACCUUGGUCACCUUGUCCAUCGAUGUCACCAGGUCUCUCGGCCCAUCGGACUUCGACUGGGACUCACUAUCUCCCUGCGUCACAUCAGUCGGUCAGGCUCCUCCCUCCAUCAGUUCCGCCAUGGGUCAUCCUCGUCUUGGCUGCCUCCUGCUAUGCUCUGGACUCCCGUCGGCGCUCUACUCAGCCAUGGAUUCUUCCAUCCGCUCCUCCAUGGGCUCUUCCUCUGCCUACUCCACCCUGAUCCCUCCUAUUAAUAUCUCCACCUCUUUGCCAGGUCCUCAUCCACCUCUAGAGCCCCAUCCUUUCCACCGCAGUCCUUUCCGUUGCG